CCCGUUUGCCGAUGUUGGGUCGUCUAAAUCUCGGUUCAACCAUGAUUGACAAUUUUUUCAAUAGAAAUUUUAAUAGAAGGGCAUGUUUGAUAAUUUUUCCAAAACACAGGGGCAUGUUAGAUGUAAAAAAUAGUAAAGGAGCAUGUCUGAUAAAACGACAUAGUAUAGGGACAUAUUAUACCUAUAACCCUAAUUUAUUCACAAUAGUAGGAGUACCUACACUUAAGUUAAAAGCCAUACUCUAGUACUACUAUUACAAUUACAUAUAAUUAAUCCCCUCAAUUAACAAGAGCUUAAUUAGUGUUUCAUUCUCAACCAUAUCUCAUAACAUCCUUUAGGUAUGCAAGUUGGAAACGGAAAAUAAUACAUUUUUAUUGGUUGCCUCUCCAAAGUGACGAAGUUUACUAAUAAUAACUCAAAACAACAAGUCACUAGUGCAAAGGAUAAAGAUAUAUCCUCACAAAAGCUUCAUAAUCACUCCUCCUCCAAACUAUAUAUAUAGCUAAUUAAGUCGCCAUUCAAUGGUCACUAGGCAAAUUCCUCAAACCCUAAUACUCGUUUCCUCUCAAGCAAUCACAAUUAUUAAUCGACCAUUAUGGGUACCUUCAUAGGCCAUGUCUUGUCAGGCAUUGGCUUCUAUUUACUUGGCUUAUGGCAUCUCUUCAACAACACAAAACUCCACUUCCAAAACAAAACCUCCUUCACAACAACUACUGCAUGGUUCCCCACAUCAAGGCUCAGGUACUUGGAGCUCAUCUUGAUAAUCAUCGGGAGCUCCAUCACAGUCUCCAUGGAGCUCUUCAUCGGCCCCAGAAAGCACCAACCAUUUGAUGCAGACGGGACCAUCCCUUCGAACCAUCUACACAACUUUGAACACUCCUCAAUCUCCAUGUGCUUUGCAAUCUAUGGAAUCCUCGCCAUCCUCCUCGACAAGUCGGUGCAAGGUUCAAGUGUUGGGGACAACAACAAUAUUGCCCAUCGAAAGAAUUCCCACCUACAUGAUCAUGUUCGCGGACUCACUCUCUUGGUUGCAUCUAUGUGCUUCGGUCUCGAGCUCUUCAACUUCCACUUCCACUCCACUGAUCACAUGGCAGUCGAAGGCCAAUACCACUUGCUCAUUCAGAUUGUGGUGGUGGUCUCUUUUGCCACAACCCUAAUCAGUGUUGGCCACCCCGGGAGUUUCCUUGUGAGCUACGUAAGGUCUGUAAGCAUUAUGUGCCAAGGCGGGUGGUUCAUAGUCAUGGGGUACAUGCUUUGGACUCCAGAACUAGUGCCUAAAGGGUGCAUGAUUCACCGAGAAGAUGGGCACGAAAUCCUUAGGUGCUCGGGUGAGGAGUCGUUGGAAAGAGCCAAAUCGCUUGUGAACAUCUUGUUUAGCUGGUUCCUCAUCGGGUUCACCAUUGGUGCAAUCUUGUUUUAUGUUGGCAUGGUUAGAUUUUAUUCGAGUAAGUACUAUAACAGCGAGAUCGAUGCUGGUGCCAGUGCUACCUAUUGUUGCUUGCCAACCAAGCAAGAAGGUUGCGAUGAGUUUGAAGGAGAGUCCUUGGAGCACCACAUUGAAAUGCAAAAGAAAACCAGAUUUGUGGGUAAAUAGUAGCUCUGUAGUAGAUUUGGGAAUCAUGGUCCUUCCAAGUAAGGAUAUCAUAUAUGUGUAAAGUAUUUCUUUUGAUGUAAUUAAUAUUGUACGUGAUUUAAUGUCUCUCUUAUAUUGUGAUAAUUGUGUAUGAGCUUUCAGUUUGGGGUUUAGUAUUUUACGUGAUGGAAUGUUUCAACAUUAUAUAUCGUGAGAAUAUUUGUCGUGCAAUACGGUGGAAGAUUGUAAAAAAAAAAAAACUUUAUUGUAUCACUAAUUAAAAAACUUAAUUCAA